UCUGCGCGUGAGCCCGGCUCAGUGAGGUGAGUGUGUGUGUGAGUGUGUGUGUGUGAGAUAUAAUAAUAAACUCCACACCUGCGCUGAGGGAACCGACACGGGCCGUCAGAACCGGGCCAGAGCGGGUCGGGCUAACACUCUUCUCUCAGGUCUAUAUUUCUCGCUUGCUGCUUUCCACAUCAACGCCAUGCCUCAGGUCAGGUAUAGUUUUCUAAAUUGAGCAGUGACCUUUGACCUCUUGGCCUCCUCCAUGUCAGGUGAGUCUGAGCUGAAGCCUUACCUGUCUGGGGGCGGGUCUGAGGGGGAGGAGGAAAGUGGUUUUCCCUGUGGUGCCAUGGCUCACCUGCAUGAAAUGGGCGGAGCCUCUGAUGGGAGUGACAGUGGAAAUGACCCGCCCAAUUUCCUGAGUUCUCGCCCAUCGCUUCAUGAGGACAUGGAGAUGGGUGGGAACGGCUCGAGCGGUAGCGGCACGGAAUCCCACAGCAACGAGUCACAUGGCAACGAUUCCCACGGCAACGAGUCUGUACGAAGUUCGAGCGGCAACAGCAAAGACUCGGCUCUGUUAGAGUCAUCGGGUAGCAACAAGAGUUCUAACUCUCAGAGUCCGUCUCCCCCCAGCAGCUCCAACGCCUACAGCCUGGUGAGCUCAGAGCAGGACCACCCAUCCACCAGCGGCUGCAGCAGUGAGCAGUCGGCAAAGGCCAAGACUCAGAAGGAGCUCUUUAAGACCCUGAAGAAGCUGAAGCUCCACCUGCCUGCUGAGAAACACAGCAAAGGUCGAACGAGCACGUUACACACACUCCGUUACGCACUGCGCUGCGUCCAACAGGUCAAAGCUAAUGAAGAAUAUUAUCAGAUGUUGAUGAUAAAUGAAAACCAGCCGCCGGGUCUGGACGUCUCCUCGUACACCAUCGACGAGCUCAACAGCAUCACGUCUGAAUACACACUCAAAAACACAGACAUCUUCGCCGUAGCCGUGUCCCUGAUCACAGGGAAGAUCGUGUACAUCUCGGAGCAGGCGGCGGCGAUCCUGCACUGCAGUACGGACGAGUUCAAGGACAGAAAGUUUGUGGAGUUUCUGACACCGCAGGACGUGAGUGUGUUCUACAGCUUCACCACUCCGUACAGACUGCCUGCGUGGAGCAUGUGCACCGGGGCCGAGUCGUCUGCUGCAGAUUUCGUUCAGGAGAAAUCUUUUUUCUGCAGGAUCAGUGGUGGGAAGGAGAAGGAAGGAGAUCUGCAGUAUUACCCGUUCAGGAUGACGCCGUAUCUGAUGAAGGUUCAGGACCCCGACCUGUCUGAGGAACAUUUCUGCUGCCUCAUACUGGCUGAGAGAGUGCACUCAGGAUACGAGGCGCCCAGAAUCCCACCGGACAAAAGGAUCUUCACUACAACACACACACCCAACUGUGUGUUCCAAGAUGUUGAUGAAAGGGCAGUGCCUCUGUUGGGGUAUCUUCCACAGGACCUGAUUGGAACCCCUAUUCUUCUUCACCUACAUCCUGAUGACAGACCGCUGAUGCUCGCUGUGCAUCGCAAGAUCCUGCAGUACACGGGGCAGCCCUUCGAUCACUCCUCCAUACGUCUGUGUACGCGGAACGGCGAGUACGUUACCAUAGAUACCAGCUGGUCCAGUUUCGUCAACCCCUGGAGUCGCAAAGUGUCCUUCGUCAUCGGACGACACAAAGUGCGCAUGGGCCCAGUGAACGAGGAUGUAUUUUCUGCUCCUGCUUUCACAGAGGGUAAGAUCAUGGACUCAGACAUCCAGGAAAUCUCUGAGCAGAUCCAUAAAAUCCUGCUGCAGCCAGUACAUGGUAUGGGCUCCAGUGGUUACGGUAGUCAUGGCAGCAGUGGUUCCCAUGAGCACCUGACAACAUCUAGUGAAAGCAACAGCAAUGGCAACGUUGUCGUGGGCAACAGCAACAUCACCAUCGGCCAUGAGGAUGAGAACAAGACCAAACCGAGGUCAUUCCAGGAGAUUUGUAAAGGUGUUCAGAUGCAGAAAACACAGGAUCAGCAGGCUACUUCUAAAGCAGACCAAAAGAAAGGCACAGAGACAGGAUUAAAGUGUCCAGGAGUGAAGCAGAAAGAGACCUCCCCAGUGGUAAGAGUCGGUACUGCAGCAGUGGAGGAGCUCAGGGACCAAUCGUUAUACUCCUACCAACAAAUCAGCUGUCUGGAUAGUGUGAUCAGAUAUUUGGAGAGCUAUAACACAUCCGUCACACAGAAGAGGAAGUACCAGUUCUCCUCCAACACGACCUCCUCAAACUCGGACGAGGAGAAGAAAACAUGUGACGAGGCGAUGCUCAGCCCUCAGGAUUCUUUAAAGACCAAUAAGAAAUCUCAUUCCGAUGUAGUGGGCGGGGCUUUGGCUCCUUUGGCCCUGCCCACUAAAGCCGAGAGUGUUGUAUCCAUCACGUCUCAGUGUUCCUACAGCAGCACUAUUGUACAUGUGGGAGAUAAGAAACCACAGCCAGAAUCAGACAUCAUUGAGGAUGUCGCCGAAAGCCCCACCCCUCCUGCGCCCGUCCCCGUGACGACUCCACCCACAGCCGAGCAGGGCGCCUAUAGGAAACUGGGCCUGACCAAACAGGUGCUGGCGGCUCACACACUGAAGGAGGAGCAGGUGUUCCUGAGUCGCUGCAGAGACCUGUGUCUCACAUCCCUGCAAAAAACCUGUCCAGGCAGCACUGAGAGAGACGAGAGACACGCUGAUGACGCCAAGGAUGGGACAUCUGGGGCAGAACCCGUCACUAAAAGAAGCGGCCGAACCAAAAAGUCAAAAAAACUACGUGUACGAAAACCUGAAUCGUCAGACAGCGCCGUGUCUCCGCGCAGGCUCCGCCCACCACUUCAGGGACUGAACCAGACAUCAUGGUCUUCGUCGGAAGCGUCUCAGUCCGCCUUCUCAGUGCAGUACCCCGCCAUGGUUCCCGGGUACAAUCUUUACCCCACUGCACCACUGCCCCCUUCUGAUGCCCCAACUGCUCAGGCUCCGCCCACUACUUCCCAAUUCCCAGCAGCCCCAGUGGUCACACCUGUGGUGGCCUUUGUUUUACCCAGUUACAUGUUGCCUCAGCUCAGCAUGCCGACACGCCCACCUUUCUACCCGGAGCAGCAGCCGGGUGUCAGCGCGCCGCAGCCACAGCCGUACUUCAACUCCCAGAAUCCCCUGCAACCUCAGCAAACACACACAAACUACACUUCCCAGCAACCUUUGCAGCAACCGUUCAUUCCCCAAAACGUCUACGUUACCCAGAAUCACUUUCAACCCCAAGAUCAAGUUAUGCAGAUGCAGCUCAUGCCACAGACACCACUCCCAUCAUUUCAGAUGACCUCUGACCCCAGGCUUCCUGUUCCUGUACCAGCAGAGGUUCCUUUCUCAUCUCCUCCGUCUCUCUCUCUCUCUCCACCGCUUUUCGGCUCGCACUGCAGCUCUCCGUUACAGCUCGACCUGCUGCAGCUGGAGGACAAAGUGGACUCGCACAGCAUGGCGCCUCCGUCAGGAUCCAGAGGGAACUGCAGCUCGGCGCUGGGGAAAAGCAACAGCGCCGCCGACGUGCCGCAGCCGUGCUAUGUUGAAGACAGCGCUCCGAGUGACGUCCUCUCCUCGUCCAGUGAGGUGAUGGAGCUGCUGCUGCAGGAGGACUCGGGAUCAGCAACGUCUGCGUCCACAGGCUCCGCCUCCAAUGGCUGCAACACCUCUAACAGCGGCGCAGGGAGCAGCAAAUAUUUUGGGAGCGUCGACUCUUUAGAGCAGGAGCACAAUGAGAAGAGGAAAGGAGGAGGACCAAACCUCAAAAACGUCCUCCAGGACCCGCUCUGGCUGCUCGGAGCCAACACUGAUGAGGAGGUCAUGAUGACUUACCAGGUGCCUUCACGCGACAUAGAGAGGGUGUUACGGGAGGAUCGAGAGCGUUUGCGACAGCUGCAGAAAAAUCAGCCGCGUUUCACCUCAGACCAGAGACGAGAGCUCAUAGAGCAGCACCCCUGGAUGAGACGAGGAGGAUUACCUAAAGCCAUCAACGUCAAGGAGUGUCUGUACUGCAAGACUGAUGCCGGUACUCUGUUAGAAGACGAACUGCCUGACAUGGACCUCGGCAUUCUGGGAGGAGAGGCGGUGCCAGAAGAGGGCGUGUCUCACCUGCAGGAAGAGGAGGGGCAUCCAGUCUUAGGCUGUGUUUCCUAGCAACUUCCAAAAACGUAGCAUGAGAAUGGGAGUUUCCAUCUUUCUCUCACACACACCACUCAGUUUUAUUUUCAUUCCAAAAACCUCACUUUACCUUUUACUGUGUGUGUGUGUGUGUGUGUGUGUGUGUGUGUGUGUGUGUGUGUGUAUACCUGCACAUUAGAUGAUGAACACUAACACACUGUGAAAUGAAGAGCGACCAACAGGUUUGUCAGAAUGGCUGUGUCGCUAAAAAAAGUUAUAAGUUAAUAUUUAUAAACUGUGGAGAGGAUUUAAUAAAACAGGGCAGACUAUAAACUCUACACUGUUUAUUAUUUACACCACAAAACUACAAUGUUUACUCACUUUGACAAACUAUAAUGAGAAGUCUUUUAUCUUAUAACAUUGUUAGUAGGCGCCAUAUUGCACGCUUCUUCUUUUUCUGUUUUUCUUUUUUGAAAAAGCACAAAAACUAACACAUUUAAACUCGGGUGGUACCGGUGACCUCGCGACCCCUUCAUCUACGAGCCCAGAACUCAAUCCAAACUCGAUCUGUAGAGAAUGAGCUGCGUUUUACAGAGAGAGAAAGUGAAGCAGUAACUAAACUACCUCAGACUCUCUCUCUCUGAUACUCGCUCAAUUUUACACAAACCCACACAAACUCCUUCUGUCACACUGGAGCGCUGAAAAAAAACUGGACCUCUUUGGAAAAACUGCCAUUCUCACCACAAUUUUUUAAAUAUACAAAAAAAAAGUAUGUAAUAUGUAUAUGUGUGUGUGUGUGUAUAUACAUGUGUACAGUGACGUAAUAACAUCACACCGUAUUUCAUGGAAAAACAAAGCUUGUUUCUAGAAGGUUCGCUCCUGAACCGGCUCUGACCGGCACAAGCACCAGACCAGAACUAGCACCAGGUUCACUUUGGUGGAAAAGGUCACAUUCUGUAUCAGUGCUCACAGCACGGGAGCCCUGUGGGCUCAGGAGCCGUUUUCGGCGUUUUGUUUACUGUAGCGCCCCUACAUCACAAUUUCUCCAGAACUGGUACCUAAUUUUAAUUUGUCAUUGAUUCAUUCUUUUAGCCAUUUUUGUUUGAUUUUUUUAUAUAUAUUGACCUUAUUUUAUUUUAUCCAUAUUUAUAUUUAUUUGUCUCAGUUUAUUUUGAUUAGAGGCCAGGAUUACUGUUACGUCUGUUACUUCCUGUGUGUUUCUGCUAGUUUUGUGGUGUGAAGGAUGAAUAAUUAACAAUAGAUUGUAGCUCUGCUCUGUUUUAUUCCAGUUACAUUACUUUUUAUUGUUUUUGUUGUUAUUUUAGGGUUUAUUUCUGUCCUUGGAGGACGAGAACAAAAAUUAGAAACUUUACACUGUGAACGUUUUUCUUUUUCGUUUCUUCAAACUGAGAUUUUUCUUUUUUUAAAUGAAGUAAAAUAAAUGUAGCUGUUGUUUAGAUUAUUGUAACCUGUGAGUAAGUGUGUGUGAAGUACAGAUAAAGGUGUGUCCUGCAGGACACGUGUGUGUGUGUGUGUGUGUCUGUGUGUGUGUGUCUGUGUGUGUUCCUGCUAAAAAGACACACUGCACUGGUGGACCACAUACACUCUACACACUGAGCGAUAAACACACUCUAGUUAUAACUCUCCAAACUUAAAGGGUUAUGAUCAGCCAAUCAGCUUCCAGCUCUACAGGAAGUCCUUACAGCGCUCUUCAGCCAUCUAAAGCUGAUCAUUUUUCUCUAACAGCAUGUUAGAUGUUAACUCUUCUGUCAUAAAACUUUUUUUUCCUGCUGACGUAAACUGUGGUACGAUAAUUUCUACAAAAGACAGAAAUAAAAUGCACGAUGAUUCUUCUGCUGCAUGUCCAUCAGUGGAGAGUUAAUUCUGUAGUGCCGUGUUUAUCGCUCGUGUCUCGGGUAUAAACCACUUCAUCCAUCAUGGUUAAGUGACUGGUCAUAUUGCAAUGCACUCUGGGUAAACUGUCUUACCUUCCAAAUUUUUGCACUGUAUUUAAUCAACGUUGGGAGAAGCUCUGACGUUUACAGGACAGAUGAAUGUCUGAGGUGUUAAAGGACCAAAUGGACAUCUGUCUCUUACUCUCUUGUUUCAUGUCUCUGUACACACUUUAUUUUUACUCUGGAGUUCUGUUACAGUUUUUUUUUUUAUUAAUAAAACAGGUAUUAAACUGGGAAA